AGAAGCAAAGUGUUCAGUGUCAGACUCAGUGUUUUAUUGUUUGUUGGGACUGAAGAGACCAGCUGGAUUUGACCUAGCUGCAGUAGUAAAUAUGCUUUCACCACGUAACCUUGCCUGUUUUUGUGGUGUUGGCUCUGCUGGAGAAAGGAAAUUGAGAAUGGGCUAUCAACAAUGCUAGGUCUACAAUGGGAAGUGUCACACUUCGCUAUUUCUGCUAUGGGUGCCUUUUCACAUCUGUGACCUGGACGCUUCUGCUCUUCGUGUAUUUCAACUUCAGUGAAGAGACCCACUCUUUCAAGAAUGUGCCCGUCAAGGGGCUGGAACCUCAAAAGCCAAUUCCUAAAAAAAUUUAUCCCCGGUUCACUCGGGGUCCCAUUCGCAAACCCGACCCACAGAAGAAAGGAGGCAAGAUGGGGAAUCCAUUGGGGAAUCAUGAACAGGACCCAGUGAAGGGAGACAUAGAUUUUUCUCCUGAAAUGGGCAUGAUUUUUAAUGAGCAUGAUCAGGAGGUGAGAGACUUGGGCUAUCAGAAACAUGCCUUCAAUGUGCUGAUCAGUAACCGGCUGGGAUACCACAGAGAUGUGCCAGACACCAGGGAUACAAAAUGUAAAGAAAAGUCUUACCGUUCUGAUCUACCUUCUGCUAGUGUUGUUAUCUGUUUCUACAAUGAAGCCCUUUCUGCCUUGCUUCGGACAAUACACAGCGUCCUGGAUCGCACUCCAUCAUAUCUUCUUCAUGAAAUUAUCCUGGUGGAUGACAACAGUGAAUUUGCUGAUUUGAAAAAAGACCUAGAUGAAUAUAUUCAGAAAAACCUUCUAAAAAACACCAAGCUAGUAAGAAAUGAAAAACGUGAGGGGCUGAUUCGAGGAAGAAUGAUUGGAGCGUCUCAUGCUACAGGAAAAGUGCUGGUGUUCCUGGACAGUCACUGCGAGGUGAAUGAGAUGUGGUUGCAACCUUUGCUGACUCCAAUCAGAGAUGAUCGCAAGACAGUGGUGUGCCCUGUGAUUGACAUAAUCAGCGCCGAUACACUUACCUACAGUUCUUCUCCAGUUGUGCGUGGAGGGUUUAACUGGGGCCUGCACUUUAAAUGGGAUCUUGUUCCUUUGUCAGAACUAGAAGGACCCGAGGGAGCUACUGCUCCAAUCAAAUCACCUACCAUGGCAGGAGGAUUGUUUGCCAUGGACAGAGAAUACUUUAAUGAGCUUGGACAGUAUGACAGUGGCAUGGAUAUUUGGGGAGGUGAAAAUCUGGAGAUAUCAUUUCGGAUCUGGAUGUGUGGGGGCAGACUACUAAUCAUCCCUUGCUCCAGAGUGGGACACAUUUUCCGUAAGAGGCGCCCAUAUGGCUCCCCUGGGGGGCAGGACACCAUGGCACACAACUCUCUGCGUCUGGCACAUGUGUGGAUGGACGAAUAUAAGGAACAAUAUUUUGCCCUAAGACCUGAACUAAGGACCAGAAGCUAUGGAAACAUUACUGACCGUGUGGAGUUGAGGAAAAAAUUGAACUGCAAGUCAUUUAAGUGGUAUUUAGAUAACAUCUACCCAGAGAUGCAAGUGUCUGGGCCCCAUGCCAAAGCUCAGCAACCGGUAUUUAUUCACAGAGCACAAAAACUACCAAAAAUAAUCAAACGUGGAAGGUUGUAUCACCUUCAAACCAACAAGUGUCUUGUUGCCCAGGGUCACCCAAGUCAGAAAGGAGGACUAGUAGUAGCUAGGGAAUGUGACUACAAUGAUCAAAACCAGAUCUGGAUGUACAAUGAAGAUCACGAGCUAAUCUUAAAUAAUCUCCUCUGCUUGGAUGUGUCGGAAACUCGCUCCUCAGAUCCGCCCCGCCUCAUGAAAUGCCAUGGCUCCGGAGGGUCUCAGCAGUGGACGUUUGGGAAGAACAAUCGACUCUACCAGGUCUCCGUGGGGCAGUGCAUGAAAGUUGUUGAUCCACUGAGCCAUAAAGGGUACGUGACCAUGGCUAUCUGUGAUGGCUCCCUUCCUCAGCAAUGGCAUUUGGAGAGCUGACAAGCCAGCGGCCCAGAGAUGCUAUUUGCGAAGAUGAGUCUAUACCUUCAGCUGUUGGUUUCCAAGCGAUUCUAGAGGGCUCGCAAGGAGCCCUUGGCUGCUAUCCCUGACGCAAACUGGAUUGUGUUACAUCAGUAUUUUGCCCCAUAGACCUGUGUGCUUGAGGAGACUCAGAUGGACGGCUGAACUGGACUGGCCAGAUGCAGCAGCUGUCUGGCUACAGAAUCCCAACCCCUGUAGAAGUGCAAUUUAUCACCAGCUCCGCAGAUUAGCCUGGAUCCUUGAGCUGUGCUGAUGUAAGAGGAAAUAAUUAGAGCUGUAUAAUUUGAAUUGUGGUAAGAUUUUAACUCUGCGGACCUUUGUCAUGACUGUGAUGGGACAGAAGUUCCCCUUGCACAUUUCACAUGCAGCAGCAUGUCAGUUCACAAUGUCCAUCUGUUUGAAUUAUUUCACCUCAUCUGGAAUAUUUUUGAUUCUUUUUAUCUCCUGAAAAUUGCCACUUGUAAUAUUUAAAUUUUAGUUCCUUUAAUAUGCAGUUCUAGUACGUUUCCCAUAGGUACUUUUUGCUGUCAGUUAUCAUGCAGGAUUGAAAACAGGUGAUGUCUGUGCUGAUAGCUGGGGCUGACCAUAAGGUGUUCCUCGAGCCCCUUAAUCCUGGAAGCCGCUGAGCCAAGUCCCUUGAGGUUGUCCAGCUUGACCCUGGAAGCUCUGUUGAAUUUCUGGCUAAGAGACAGAGCCCACUUUUGCUGUCCUCGGAGCCCUUUUGUUUGGCAGCACAUUUAGAACUCGAUCUGCACUGCUGAAAGCCUUGAGUGCAGCACAUCUGCCAGCAGCAACCCUACAACUCCACGCAGAGAGACAAGAAGUCUGCAAACAUGCUCCUAGAAGGUGCAGAGUCUGAUAUGAUAAAACUGAGGAAAGGAAGCUGAGAGUCACCUUGAUGUCAUCCUUAGUAUUGGUGUAGACUCACCCAGACUUACUAUUGCAAACGUCAUUUCACCGAUUCAUGACAGCAUCUACAUUUAAAAUAAAGUAUUCCAGUUUUUUAAUAAAAUC